GUGGGAUGGACUGUGGGCACGUCCGUAGAUUUUUUUCGCAAAAGGAAAAAAUGGCGCCCAGCUCGAAAUCGGAAAAAGAAGACAACAGCAACAAACAAAAACAGCAGCGAAAACACAAAGACCACAUUGUCAAACUCCUCACUCGCGGAAAGCUGUCCGGCCAGCUGUCUCAGAGACUGUUCCGCAAGCUGCCGCCCCGCGUGUGUGUCCCCUUAAAGACUAUAGUGAGCGAGGAGUUCCUCCGGGCUGGUCACAUCUUCCUGGGCUUUACAAAGUGCGGCCGUUACGUUUUGUCCUACACGAGCGAUUGUGGUGAGGAUGAUGAUUUCUCCUUCUACACCUACCAUCUGUACUGGUGGGAGUUCAACCUGCACAGUCGCCUCAAACAGGUGCAUCAUGUGCGUUUGUUUGCGGGUGAAGACAUCUACAGUGAGCUGUACCUGACCGUCUGCGAGUGGCACAAUGAUCACUCAAAGAUCGUCAUCUUCGGCUUCAAUACUCGCAGCAGCACGGCUCUGAUGAACAUGAUGAUGAGUGAUGAGAAUAACAGAGACAUUUACAUCACUAUCGCCUCCAUGCCUCCUGCACAGCGGUGCCAACAGUGCUGCCCUCUGCCCACUACAUCCACUAUACGCACAGGAGGGGAGUGUCUGGAGCACGGCUAUGUCCUGAACGCUCGUUAUCAGGUGGUUUAUCCGUUCCCCACCUUCCAGCCGGCUCUGCAGCUGAAGAAGGAUCAGGUCAUCCUCCUCAACACCAGCUACUCACUGGUGGCCUGCGCCAUCUCACUCUGCUCCGGUGGAGAGCAGCAGCAGGCGGACGAACAGAAUAAUCAAAUCCUGUACCGAAAAAGAGAGACUCCUGCUUCCUCCUCUCAUCAUCCUCCCAGCCCAUCCACCUCCUCGUCCUCUUCCUCCUCCUCCUCCUCCUCUUCUUCCUCCUCUCAUGGGUCACCUGACCGCAGACCGACCAAUCCCCACACGACGCCGCUCUCUCCCAGCCGAUCCCAGGCUGCCGUAAGAGCACGCGAGUUCGCCGCUGACAUCUUCCGGCGUGCGCAGGCAGGGACGGACGGAGACGGUGAGCGGCGAAGGAAGGAUGGAGAAGCCAGAGAGGUGAAAAUCUCACGCACAUCCGCCACAGACUCAGAACGAAGGAGAGCAGAAGAAAGAAGGGAGGACACAGAGGGACCGUCCACUUCACACGGGAAAGGAAGUACCCCGUCGUCCAAUGAGCCGGAAGACAGCGUCUCGUGUAACACGGUCAUGUCCCCAGCGUCCACGUCCUCUUUGUGCUCGCUUUCGCCGCACGCCGCGGCGUCAUCGUCCACGUCAGAGCCGGGAUACGUGAACUACACACGACUCAGAUACAGGCUGCAGCAGCCCGGGACAACAGAGCAGGACAGCGGAGAAGAGGAGGAUAAAGUUCAGCUGCCGUUCACCGUCUCGGACCUGAAGGGAAGAAACCUGCAGCUGGUGACGGGACAGUACACGGGACUGUGUGUGUGUGUGGAGCAGCUGACCCUGGAUUUUGAGUAUCUGAUUAAUGAGGUGAUCAGAAACGAUGCAGAGUGGGCCUCCCAGUUCUGCUCCUUCAGCGACUAUGACGUCGUAAUCCUUGAGGUUUGCCCAGAGACAAAUAUAGUAGUGAUAAACAUCGGACUUCUGCUGCUGGCCUUCUCCAACUGUGAGGAGGAGCACAGCAGGCCUAAGUCGUAUCACUCCAGUCUGCAGGUCAGCUGGGAUCUGAACACGGGCGCCUGCUGCACCGUCGGUGUCGGUGACCUCACCGAGGUCAAAGGGCAAACCAGUGGGAGUGUGUGGAGUUCUUACAGGAAGUCGUGUGUAAACACAGUCAUGAGGUGGCUCGUCCCUGAGAGCAGCUCGCGCUACAUCAACCGCAUGACCAAUGAAGCCCUGCACAAAGGUACCUCUCUUCAAGUACUUGCUGACAGCGACAGAGCCACGUGGAUCGUCCUGUAAUGAAGACACCAUAGCACUCAGACACACACACACACACACACACACACACACACAUAUACAGGCGGAGCGGUUUUUUCUCUCAGUCCGCACUUUGUAUUCAGAAAUUCAGAUGUGGAGCGAAAGCCUCGACUGUGAGUCCAGUGAGCCAUACAUGCUGCUGCUGCACUAAGAUCUUUCAGACUCUCUGCUGGAACGAACAAAGCAUCUCUAAUGCACCGUCAUUUAUACAUGUCUUUUUUGUUGUUGUUGUUUUUGUUGUUGUGUAUGUGAUUGAUCCUUUCGUAUGCAUGGUUCAACUAAUUUAACUGCUUAACCUAGUGUCAGUAUCGAUCAGGGACAGGUUUAUCUCUCGAACCCUCUGCCAUGAGGUGUGUGUUUUUCUAUCCAGAUCUAACACACCUGAUGUCCUGAAGAUGGUGCUUUAACCCGGAUCGGUUUGGUCGCUUUGGAUUUUGGUCAGAUUAUCCGCAAGUGACCAGUGACUGAGUUAGAGGCUCAUCGGCCAAAUCUGACCUCAGGACCUCAAAUUCAGAUGAAUUCUAAAUGGUGAAACUGGCCUCGGGUUUACACGAUUCGAGCUUAACAAACACAAAGCUUUAGUCAAACAUGCUUCUAACUUUUGUAAAGUUAUUUUCCCCCAUCACACAGUGUUCUUCUCAGCAUUUAUUAUUUAUCUAUUAACACAAUGUCAUCUAGUUUUAGAGCGGUAAAAUGAAUUCUGGACCUGAAAGCUGUAAAACAAACAAUCUGUUUACUCUCCAGCUUGUUGGUUUGAGGUGCAGUCGGAUGCCAUCCUUUCCAGCAUCCAUUCCAGAUCUGCACAUUUUUCGUUAUUCCUCUGCUGGGGUAAUCAUCAGUCCAUUAGACAAGUUCAUUCAUUUUAUGAGAAAACACUAAAACAUGCUGAAAUUAAGGACCACUAUUCUGAACAUCUUCACAGAUUUGUUUUGAGCUCUUAAGAACUGUAAGUAUACCUGUAAACAUGUUGGGGAAAAUGGUCUUGGGCAUUGCAGGGUUGAUUGUGAGUGACGUCCUCUUCUCGUCCAUGAACUCAUGUAGAUGCUGCUGCAGGCUACACCGGGGACGUGUGUGUCGUGUGUUGCGGCAUUUCCGCAAUGAAAUAUUGUAACUUUGCUCAUUUAAAAUGUGCAGAAUCUCGGCCCAUAACGUUACAUCGAUCCACUCUGUUGUUUUGUUUAUUUUGUUUUGUUUUGUUUUUUCUUUUCUAAGUUGUGGUCAUGAUGCACCUCUACAGAAUAUGAACAAUACUUGAUAUUGUCUUUACUUGAUUAUUUUUUAAUAAAAACUAAUAAUUCUAAAGGU